AGGUCGUCGUCGUCGUCGAGCUCCCGGCGGAGAAGCGACGGGGCGAAGCUGAAAAUGCGAGAAAAGUGCCGGUCGGAACCUUACGGAGAGGGCCUCACGCCGACCAUUGUCACCGUUCGUCGAGGCAGUGGAAGCAGCGUGGAAUCGUUGCAGAUGGAACUCCAAGCCUUCUCAGGUCUGUUGCGGGGUUCGGUGAGGGGUCGCGCCCGAAGAGUGAAGUCCCAGAUCUGCGAUGACGCCAUGCAGAAACCCCAGUCUGCCGGCAACUCGAGGCGGUCGCUCAACACCUUGCUGACGAAUGUGAGUUCGUCUGGUGCGACGACGGGCGCAAUGGAUGAACUGAAGCAGCAAGGCAUUCAGGCCGCUGAAUCCCUUGCCAGCGAUUCGGUGGUGGCAGGGCACUGUGCCUCCGCCGAGGAGACCACAUUUGAUGACAGCGAAGAAUGGGCUAAGAUUGAAGAUAUUGUGGUUAGUUUUGGUGGCAUCCGGUUUAAGGAACACGACCUGAGGCACAGUCUGAUAGAAGAUCGCGGCAAUCAUGCAGUCCUUUGGUGCCGGUAUUGCCAGGGAAUCUGUGUUCGUGCGGGACUAUGAGGCAGAUUUUACCAAACUUCUUGCAGGUACUCAGCAAACAUCCGAUAUGGGAACAGGUGCUCAUUGCUUUCUCACCUACUAACACACUCCUCUCUUUCUCUCUCUCUCUCUCUCUCUCUCUCUCUCUCUCUUUCUCUUUCCCUCUGUCUUUCUCUCUCUGUGUCACUUUCUCUUUCUCUCUUUUCUCUCUCUCUCUUUCUCUCUCUGCCUCUCUCUUUCUCUCUCUGCCUCUCUCUUUCUCUUCCUCUCUCUCUUUCUCUUCCUCUCUCUCUUUCUCUUCCUCUCUCUCUUUCUCUUCCUCUCUCUCUUUCUCUUCCUCUCUCUCUUUCUCUUCCUCUCUCUCUUCCUCUUCCUCUCUCUUUCUCUUCCUCUCUCUCUUUCUCCCCCCUCUCUCUUCCUCUCUGUCUGUGUGUCUGUCUAUCAAUAUUUUUUCUAUCUCUCUAUCCUUCUCUCUCUUUUUCUUUCUUCCAGUCUCUCUCUCUCUCUCUCUCUCUCACUUUCUCUCCCUCUUUCUCUUUCCCUCUGUCUUUCUCUCUCUGUGUCACUUCCUCUUUCUCCCUUUUCUCUCUCUCUCUGCCUCCCUCUUUCUCUUCUUCUCUCUCUAUCUCUUUCACUCUCCCUCUCUUUCUCUCUGUCUCCUUCUCCCUAUCUCUUCCUUUCUCUCUCUCUCUUCCUAUCUCUCUGUCUCUUUGUCUGUCUAUCAAUAUUUUUUUCUAUCUCUCUAUCCUUCUCUCUCACUUUUUCUUUCUUCCAGUCUCUCUCUCUCUCAGUUGAGUUCUCUAUCGACCUAUCUCUCCAUCUGUGUGUCUCUAUUCUUCUGUUUGUUUGUCUCCCUCUCUCUCUCUCUCUCUCUCUCUUUAAUCUCUUUGUCUCUCUGCUUAUCCAUCAUUCUAUCUGCCUACCUUUGUCUGUCUUUCACUCUCUUUCUAUCCGUCCGUCCGUCUAUGUAUGUAUGUAUGUAUGUAUCUGUCUAUAUGUGGAUGUAUGCAUCUGUAUGUAUGUAUGUAUGUAUCUAUUUGCCUUUAUGUCUCUCUCUCUCUAUCUAUCUGUCUGUCUGAUUGUCUGUCUGUCUGUAUGUAUGUAUGUGUGUAUGUAUGUACCUGUAUGUAUGUACCUGUCUGUCUGUCUAUCUGUCUGUAUAUGUAUCUAUCUAUCCGUCUCUCUCUCUAUCUGUCUGCCUAUCUAUCUGUCUGUCUGUCUGUCUAUGUAUGUAUGUAUGUAUGUAUGUAUGUACCUGUCUGUCUAUGUAUCUCUCUCUCUCUCUCUCUCUUUUUUCUGCCCCCCCCCCUCCACCAUCUAUUUGUCUCUCCAUCUGUUUACCCAUUUACCUGCUUUUCUGUCUGUCUGUCCCUCUUCUUAUUUAUCCCUCUGUUCACCUGCCUGUCUGCCUGUCUUUCAAACCUUCCUCCUCUCCCUCCCACUAUCCCCCUCUCCCUCCCCCCUCUCUAUUUA